AAUUUCAAGGGUGGGAGUCAGUUCCUUGUUUUCUAGAAAACAAAGUCCCACUUUUGAAAAAUAGCAUUUAUUUCAUUUGGAAUGAGUUCUGCAUGUAAUUUAUCGCUUCAGGAUUUCAAGUUCUAGCCGAAAACCGAAAAGGUGUUGCCCAUUAUUGUCUACACUUAAACAGUCAUUCAUAAAUAACCAGACAAUGACGGCGCUCGUGACCAUACUCUAAAUUGUUUCAGUCACAAUAGAAAAGUUGAUUUAUUGAAAGAACACAAUUUGUUGCUUUUGUUGGCCUGAUGUCACAGAUGUUUGCGGGGAGAUGUAAUGAUGGUUAUGCCAAGAGUCGAGAUACCGAGAUAUCGUAGAAUUAGUAUGUUGUUCAGUCAUUCAUGUACGUUUGGCAGAUGGAGGCUAAGCGACCGAAGCACCGGGUGUGAUGCGUCAAUAGACGGGUUACUCAAAGUCUGUCUUAUAAUUCCGAUUAUUUGUAAUUUCAAAGGAAUACAGGAUGACCUGAGUGAUUUCGUUGUCACACAGCUGAGGGAAAAUUACCAAUAUUUUCGACCAGUUAUCAAUAUUUUGUGGAGUGGCUCUUUCGGUCUUCGUUGUUUUGUGAGAUCUCGUCGUUCAACUUUGCGUCAAAUGCGGCACAUAUUGUUGGUUGGUAUGGUUCCUCUUGUCGUAGUUUGUGGAUUUGCACGGAUAUCUUGAUAUUUCUCGUCCACAUAUGGGCCCCUCCUGCCUUCAGCAGGAAUGGUUCCCUUGUCUCUCGUUGUGAUGACUGUCAUGCAAUCAUUUGAAUCAGGCUGCAUUUCGUUGAACUCAGGAACAAGGUUGUCGGCAUGAAUUACUGGUCUUCGGUGUUAAAAGCAAUGUUGUUUUGAAUGGUACAUAUGCUUGAAUCAUACAUGUACUUCUUCUGAAUGUUCUAUGCAGUCACUCCCAUAUUGAUGAAAAAAUCUGCCUUUCUUCAGGCUGUUUGUAUAUCUAAUCUGCUCAACACAGCUGGUCCGGUCGUGCAAGUUCCCUUGGGCGAAAUCUUUCCGAGCAAGAACUGUUGCAAGUCUUUGCUGUCCUGCUUGGAUUUUCUACGCAGUUCUUGAUUGAAAGCAGCCGGGGAUCUGCACAGUCCAGGCACCGAGGGCAUGAAAACAAUGACCAAAAGCAGCUGAGCUAUCACUCCAGUCCGGAACCACAUUCGAGAACGGCGGAAAAACCAUUGUUGAUCCAGCGGUGGAAUGGACCGCUGCAAAAUAAUAAUUUGCGACAAUAAUUGCUUGUUUUUGGUGGGUAUCGCACAUGUCUGCUGUUUUACCCGCAGACAAGAGAUUCUUAUUUUGCGACUUGAGAUUUUUUCCUCCAUAUAAGAUGAUGUAUUGUCAAUGUGAUGAAAGUUUAUUUCGUUUUGAAGCUAUCCGUUUUUUGUCGUCAUUGGCCUGAACAGCACUCUCUCUGGUGACUUGUAAGUGAUGUUGGAAUAACAUCACCUGGAAUGAUUUAAAACAGUUAACCCAUGCCAUAGUAUUAUAACAACUUUACAAAUAGAACUUGUCAACGAUACUGUAGUGUUGCUUCGUAAAAUGACGUUAAAAGACGCAGAACGAGUAACAGAAAAUGGAUUACAUGUGCAUGCAACUGGGGAUUUAUGCGCAGACGGAAAAGAGACGCCCGGCCCGGUCACAGAUGUGGACCUUGACGUCCAUUUAGCGGGCAACGGAGUGCUCCCGACGACUUUUGUAAAUGAUUGGACCAGAAACCCUGAGGUGAUUCCUCUUCUUGACAGUUGUACAGAACACGACUCUUCAGAAACUGAGGAGACAGAGGAUGGUAUCGUUAUCGAGGAAAAUGAGGACAGUUCGUUUCGGAUACUCCUGCAGUGUUUUAUACCCUAUUUAUUCGGUGGAAUUGGGUUCGCGCUGACUGGCGUAUUGUUUGAUUAUGUUCAGCAUUGGGAAGUAUUCCGGAAAGUCUCUGAAGUCUUCAUAUUGGUGCCGGCUUUACUUGGUCUCAAGGGCAACCUGGAGAUGACGCUAGCAUCCAGACUUUCAACGCAGGCCAAUUUAGGUAAAAUGGAUACAGCUAAGGAAAGGUGGAAAAUGAUAGGCGGGAACCUGGCCCUGAUUCAGGCACAAGCCAUAGUGGUGGGGUUCCUUGCAUCAUUAGCUGCGAUGGUGUUCGGUUGGAUCCCGGAGGGGAAGUUUGACGUCAACCACGGUCUACUCCUGUGUGCGGCCAGUGUCACCACUGCGUCCUCUGCCAGCUUCGUUUUAGGUUGUAUAAUGGUAGCAGUGGUGUUAGGCUCAAGAAAAUGUAACAUAAAUCCUGACAACGUUGCGACGCCGAUUGCCGCUAGCCUCGGUGACCUCACCACAUUAGCAUUAUUAGCCGCCAUCAGUACAGCACUAUUUCGUGCAAUCAAUGGCCAUGCGUGGCUUUCUCCUGUGAUAUUAGGGACUUUCAUUCUACUCAUCCCCCUGUGGUGCGUGAUAUCUGCCAAAAAUACAUAUACGUCCGAGGUGAUAUAUACCGGCUGGACACCUGUUAUAUCAGCUAUGAUGAUUAGUAGUAUGGGUGGCUUGAUAUUAGACUUCACAGUUGCAAACUACCAUGGCAUUGCGGUGUUUCAACCAGUUAUAAAUGGUGUGGGUGGUAACCUCGUCGCUGUCCAGGCGAGCCGCAUCUCAACCGCCUUGCAUCGAGUCAGCAAACCGGGGGUCCUCCCUCUUGGCUCCGUCAAAGGCUGCCCGAACCCUUGUUCUACGUUCUUUGCAAAAAACUUAAACUCGAGAACAGCACGAGUAUUGAUGUUGAUGGUAGUGCCGGGUCACCUUAUAUUCGUCUACACCAUUCACUAUAUGAAUGCAGGACACACGUCCAUCACCCCUAUAUUUACUUGUUUUUAUUUGGUGGCUGCCUUACUACAGGUGGCGCUGCUGUUGUAUAUAGCCAAUUGGAUGGUGCAUUACAUGUGGGGUCAAGGAGACGACCCGGACAAUUUCUCCAUUCCGUACCUAACGGCCAUCGGUGAUCUUCUAGGGACGGGAUUCCUCGCAUUAGCCUUCCACCUUCUAUAUCUGAUCGGCGAUCGAGAUGCUGAUGUUGGAGAUUAGCCAAUCAAAAACCAUGACUGUUGAAUCAAAGAAACUUUUAAUUCUGUGAAUUACCGAGAAAAUCCCUAAUUAGACAUUUCCCCACCUUUUUCCUGUGGAGACUCUUCUGAUUAAUGCAGCACUCAAUGUGAACCCUGUACUCCCCCUGCUUGGGGUUCACCACUAUUUUGGUGUUGAACUUUGGAAAACCCUCACAGGCCUUAUUGAUCGAUGUGUUAUGGUGUGUAUGAAUAAUCUGUUGUGUAUUUCCAACAAAGACAUCUGGAAAAAAUUCAUUGAAAAAAAUCUGACCGGUCAAAUAUUACAUCAUGUUCAUGAUUCAGAACAGCUGCAAAAGGUUAAAAAAAUUGACUUGUGUUUUGCUCUCCAACUGAGUGUCGGAUCUUGUCAAAAUUGUUACAUAGGCCUAAUCGUAAACAUAAAAUGUAAGCUUGCAAAACCUGCCUACUGUCACAGAAUUAUGUAAACCUGGACAUAUUCAUGAGCAUUUGAAGGGCUUUGAACACAAAGGACAUAUUUACAAUUUGAAAAUGUUGAGUUGCUGACAGGAGCAAUGGGCAGUGUCUCCUAUCUUAAAGGCCCACACCGUUCGUUAAAAAUGUUGAAUUUGUAAUUGAAUUUGAAUACUUUCAAUUGCGUAAAUACAUACUAAAUAUAAUUUUCAGCAUUGCCUUUGUAGACAGAUAUACACAUAUUACAGUAGAACCUCUCUAUUAAGGACACCCUUGGGACUAGUGCUGUCCCUAAUAGAGAGGUGUCCUGAUUAGAGAGGUGAAAUUGAAUGGAAACAACAAAUUUGGGACCAAAACUAGUGUCCUUAAUAGAGAGGUUGUCCCUAAUAGAGAGGUGUCCGCUAAGGGAGGUUCUACUGUAUAUGUACCAAGUUCCAACAAAUUCGUUUUCAUAAUAACUGCACGACGGCAUUGUGUAUUAGUGGAUUUCUAUUUAACUGGACCACUUUACGAACGGUGUACCCCUUUAAGAACCAUGCAUUGAUGGGCUACCUAUGUCCUUGGUCCUCUCAUCCCUUCAAAUGCACUAUCAGCGCAGUCCUUAUGAUAGAUGGCACCACGGUCAUAAUGUCAUAAUUAUCAUAAUUGCACUUAUGUCCUGUUAGCUUGAAGCCCUUUAUUUAUAUCCAGCUGAAAGGAGUAUUGUACUUUCGAUGUACUGUUAUUUUAAAACCAGAGUUAUUAUUUUUAAAUCACGUAGUAAUAUGUGACCCGUCACAGCAAAAGCAGGCGCAUGUCGCUCUGAGUUUGGCAGGUUGAGACGGACUGUUUGUUCAAUUCUCUAUUGUCUGCCUAUUGUGAAAUAUGAGCACAUCAAUUUCUUCCAUUAUCUCCUGGUGUCAUUUAGGCUCAUCUUCUGUGCGACAUGCGCCUGGUUUUGCUGUGACGGGUCACAUCUGUGUGCACUGCGUGCAAUCUUUUUUAACAAAAUUAAGAAUUGGUUAUUUUUGUUCUAAAUACUAACAAAUAUAGAUCUAUAGUUGAUCGUAAUGAAAAUUUAAAUGAAAAAAACAUGUGUCGCUCUUUUGCGGGGCCCUUCUCUCUUUCACUACCGCACCCAUAAUUUACUGGUCCGUACCCUGCCUAUUACUGGCCGGCAGUAAUCUGUACUGCUAAAUUUUCCCCAAUUUCUAUCCCUAACGACAGUCCCUAUAAGUUUUUGGUUGGUUUAUGAAAAGCGAGAUGGCAGCACUGCACUCGAUCUAAUGUAGACCUCGUCCCCAAGAGUGUGUUAUGCGAGCUAUUUUACAAUGAAACUUUUGCUCAGCCAAGUUGGGAUACAGGCCACAUGUGGGCCAGGGGUGCGUUACACUGCCAAAGCCUGCGGUAGUGAAAGGGUUAAUAGAAUAAGGCAUGACAUAUCCAAAUACUGUUAAUCGAGAAAUAUUUGUGGCUAUUAUAUAAGUCGUAGUUCCAACUAUCAUAAAACCCCGUGUUUUUUCAAGACCCGUGUCUUCGCCGUGUGUCAAAAAACCCGGGGCGCACUUACACCUAUCAGUGGUGUUAGAUAAUGAUUAAUAGCCCCGGCGACAGGUGCGCUGUAGGUAGGGAGCUCUCCUGUGUUUCUUUCCCGUUGGAGGGGAAUUUCGCAUGCGCAAUACCGAGGCAACUACACCGUGCCAUCUGUCGCCGGAUCUUAGAACUUGCAAUUGCCGUGUCUAUUCAGAUUCCACCUAUCAAAAAACCCGUGUUGAACACGGGUCUAAAUUAGCCCCCGAUUAGCCCCAUCGAGCUCGAUGGGGCUAAUAGACACGGGGAUUUGACACACGGGUCUAUUUAGACACGGCAAUUCAUAGGUGUAAGCGCAAAAGACACGGGGAUUUGAUAGGUGGAAGUACGACUAUAGUACGUGGUUUUGUAAAAUUGGUGCUUUGGUGCAGCUUAAUUAUCGCAGCAUUUUGACAACUUCGGUUAGAUUUUUGUUUUGGUGUAUUAUUUUAUGAAUAUUGCUAGUUUAAACAAAUUCCCCUUUGAGAAACAGAACUAAAAGGUGUUUUGUGAAAUUCGCUAUUUUCUUUAAUCCCAAAUGAAAAUGCCCUUUUUAAGGUUUACACCCUGUACCAUUCGUUUAACAUUUGAAAUUUCCAGUUGACAUAAAAAAUUUCAACUUGUGUAGAGAGAUUUGAACAGAACUUUUAUAGAGAGGUUCUAAUGUAUUUCCGUCCUUUGGACGAGCCAACCUUGGCAAUAAACCUUGUCCAUAGACUGCUUUAUAGUGCAAUAAUGGGAAAUGAUAAGUUGAAAUUGCAAGUAGUUCAAUACACUGUGAGAUAGUAGAGACACCUAUGAGCGACUUUGUGUUAUUAAAUCAGGCCAACCUGGCUCAUGCCUGUAGUUUUGUUUUAACGAGACAAGACCACUAAUGAAUAUUCAUAGGUUGGAGAGUCCAGGCCUAUCAAUUAGACGAGUGCAUGUUUUUAACUCUCAAGUACAUAUUUGGAGAGGUAUUGAAAAAAUAUUUGUUGUGGCAAGUCUAGAGAUAUAAAGAACUUAUUUGAUGAAAAAAUUAAUUUCGAAUUUUGCUAAUUUGGUAAUAGGGGGCGUGUUUUGAGAUUUUUCUGCUAGUUGGCUGAAAAGAGUGGAAAUAUCAAUGUCUGUCUAAUUUGUCGAUUAUCAAAAAAUUUCCGUGGUCAACUACCAGUUUAUUUUUCACCAUUUACUUGCCUGACUGUCCGGAAUAUCAUAUCAAAAUUUCAGAUUCACAACCCCACGCAGUAUUUGAUGCGUCGCGGUCAAACUAAAUCAAUGGUGGUCUUGUCUCUAACCCUUUUGCUGCUGCAGCCAUUUUGCCCCCAGCGCCAUCUUGUGCUAAAAGUGGAUACUAAUACUGAACAAUUGAGCUUACUUUUAAAUGGACAGUCAAAACGGUUCAAAAGUGUCGCCAUCUGCACAAAAAGGAUGAAACUAAUGUUCCGUGCGUGCGAUUGGAGAGGUUGCGACCAAGUGCUGGUGAAUUAACAUUUGUUUGGGGCAUGAUGUCCUAUGCACGUCGCCCGCACGUCACGGGACUAUGUACAUGACAUGCUGUGUACGUCGCCAGCAGCAAAAGGGUUGAUAUCUAGUAAUAUAACUGCUGUUUUAUUCUACUUUGCCCAACCUUUGCAUCUAUUUCUGUUACUAUUCCUCAUUAUGUUAAAAAAUGUGAAGAAACCUUUAAAUAUAUAAUUUAUAUUAUCAAAACAUUGUUAUUUAUUUCCACAUCUUGUAGUUAUUACUUGCAAUAACAAAGUAACACUAAUUAAUGUUGCGUGCCAUGAAUCAGAAUGUGCCUGAAAUAUUGGACACAAUUAUUGAGCCAUGUAUGGUAUUUUUUCGGUUCCUGGACUAACGCUGAAAGGGUGGAUGUCGUCCUGGGUGCCGACGAAUGGUACCCAGGUUCGAGAUCGACUGGACAAUAAGCACCCUGGAUGAUUUAUUCAGAAAAGGUAUAUUGGAGGGAUAUAUCCGAAAUGUGCUUUCAAAGACCUAUAGGCCUAAACGCGUUUUUUUCUGUUUAUCUGUUCUUUUUAUUUCGAGCACUGCUAAUGCCGCAAGUACCACGGCGCGAGAUAAAACGAGAUUGCAAGAAACGUCCUCGUCCCUAAGAUCCGUAAGCCAGGCAAAAAGAAGCUGGGUGCUGUUUGUCUAGUGUAAUGGCACCCGGGGUGCUUAUUGUCCAGUCGAUCUCGAACCUCGGCACCCAGGACGACAUCCACCCUUUCAGCAUUAUUGAGCCAUGUAUGGUAUUUUUCCGAUUCCUUGACUAGCUCUUGCAGCUGCUCAUUUUGGAAUAUUAGCUAUUCAAGAUAGUGUUUUAGUUACAAAUCUAUAAAGGCUGGACAGAAAAGGACACAGUCACAGUCCGAAAAAGGCAGCAGUGCCCUGCUUCAAAUGGAAAUACAUCAGCCGCUUGUGAGAAAAGGCCAAGCAAACAGAAAGUUUGAGAAAAGGCAGGGCCCGGUGCCCUGCUAAAAUUCUUAAGUUGAAACACUGCAAGUCCAGACUCAUUGUGGCUUGUAUAGAACAACGUCAAACGUCCAGAUUUUAUUCUGAGAAAACCAUUCGUAAUACUGCCGUUUUAUUAACUCCUCAUCAUCUCCAAACAGCUUCGAGCCCGUGACUCAAGAAAUUCAUAUGACUUGUGACACCCAUUUGUCAAGAUAAAUGACUUGAGAAAAUAAAUAUUUUGUUUCA